AUGGCCCCCCCUCAGACCAAGAAGACUGGCAAGUCCAGCAAAACAACCAAGAAGUUCGUCAUCAAUGCCUCGCAGCCCGUUAACGACAAGAUCUUCGACAUCUCGGCCUUCGAGAAGUUCCUGAACGAGAAGAUCAAGAUCGACGGCCGCGUUGGUCAGCUCGGCGACACCAUUGUCAUCUCUCAGGUGCCCGAUGGCAAGAUUGAGAUCGUUGCCCACAACGAGCUCUCCGGCCGCUACCUGAAGUACCUGACCAAGAAGUUCCUCAAGAAGCAGCAGCUUCGUGACUGGCUUCGCGUCGUUUCCACCUCCAAGGGUGUUUACGAGCUCAAGUUCUUCAACGUCGUCAACGACGCUGACGACGAGGACGACGAGUAA